AGCCCCGAGUAGGAAUUCCUCGUUGGAUGACGGUUCAAAUUUAUUCUUCCAUGUCAGACACUCCAUUUUUUUUUUUUCCUCAGUUCCCAGUUGUUUGAACGGACUGAUGUCGAGAUGUCCAAAUUCCCCGUUUCCAGUUCCUAGUGUAUUUCAUCGCAGCUGUCGGGAAUGUCAGAUGUUGUCAUAGCUAGUUUUGAAUGUUGAUUCAUAAUUCCACAUAAGAUUGAAAGGUUAAAUAAUAAAAUAUGCCGAGGGUCCCAGCGGUCCUUGAAUAUGAAACACUGACCGAGUGUAAAUACAGCUUCCCUGUUGAGGUUGUCAGUGAUAUCAAGAAUGUUACAGCGACUUAUGGAGACCUGCGUAUGUAUGUGGACUUCUACUGUUUCCCCAAUAAGGAAAAGAAGAAGUUAGUUUAUUUGGCUGGUACUAUUCCAGUUCCACAUGACGCAGGUAACACAUAUAAUAUCCCAGUGUGCAUCUGGCUCCACGAGACUCACCCCGAGAGCCGGCCGCGGUGCUACGUGUGUCCCUCCAUCUCCAUGUUGAUCAACCCCAGGUGCCCAUAUGUUGAGGCCAGUGGGCAGGUGCUCCUCGACUGCCUCACCAACUGGAAGAGCGGGCUGUCCAACCUGUCAUUGCUCGUCUCAGAAAUGAGGUCUGCAUUUCAAAAGGAAACGCCCCUCUUUGCCAUGCACCCAAUCAGAGUUCAGAUGCUACCUACUGCAGCACACUCCAGUGCAUAUGCAGAGUCUUCGGACCCUGGCAGCUGGCCUCAACCAAGCAGCUCUACCCCGAAAGCCAGGCGCUCCUCAAUGUCCUCCACGCCACUACCUAGAGCAAUAGUUCCGCCCAAGAGUUUAAAGUCCAGCCAAUCGGGGCCUCUCAGAGAGUCUGCGACUGGUGUGAGGCGGUCCUACACAGAGGAGCUACUGGAUAUGGGGAUAAACUUUGGAGUGCCAAGUGGAGUCCAGUUUCCAUUCUCCUCCACCAACCCCUUCAUCACUACUGCCUCUGCGCCAAAUAACACUCCUGUUAGUUCUGAGGACAUGAACAACCUAUUCAAGAGCCUACAGCUGGAAAAUGUUGUCAAUGUGUACCAGCUUGGUACUAAAGAAAGAGGACAGAUGCAAGGCAAUGGAGGUGAUCGAGGUGGUGGUGACUACCCCCCAAUCCCCACUGCAGUCACGCCCCUAGUGGACAACCAGCAUCGUAUCCUGGUGAGCCAGCUGCCACCGGACCAGUCCCCCAGCCGGGUGAAGAACAAGCUCACCCUCUACUUCCAGCGCAGGAGCAACGGUGGGGGAGAGGUGCUGGAUGUGACCUACCCUUACCCCCCAACCCAGAACGACCAGGCCCUGGUCAGUUUCCGCAGUCCCAGAGAUGCAGAGCAGGUGCUCUUACAGGCAGACCGAAUCUUUACCGUGAAUGAGCGGCCUUUCCGUAUACAGCUCAAGAGGGUCAACAGUGCUCGGAUUACGGUGCCGCCCGGCGUCUCCGGCGACAAGGCGGCCAUCUUCCAUAGCCUGCUGUCACUUGAGGGGCGGAGCUUCAGCCAGGCCGACGUGGAGGAGGCGGUACAGUCGUGCCGGGACCUUCCCUCGGCCCUCAAGUACCUGUCCCAUGAAUGCCCCAUCUGCCGCGAGCAGGUGUCCUUCAGCAAGAUCAUCACUAUGACCCAUUGCCUGUGUGCCUUCUGCGAGAGCUGCUUCAAGGCCUACUUCUCCCAGGCCAUCAAGGAGAAGAGCAUCGUCCAUGUGGUGUGUCCCAUGUGUGGCCAGCCCGACGUGCGUCAGAGCCAGGGCGGCGUGGAGGAGGCCUUGGAUUACUUCAGCCUUCUUGACACACAGAUCAGGCACUACCUAGAUCCUCAGAUCCACGAGUUGUUCCAGAGGAAGCUGAGAGACCGAGCCUUGCAGGAGAUGCCUAACUUCCGCUGGUGUGCCCACUGCUCCUUUGGCCUUCUACACGAGGCUGACCAGCUGAGAAUGGACUGUCCUAGUUGUAGGAAGAGCACCUGCUCCCAAUGCAAGACUGCAUGGGCUCCACAACACCAGGGUCUUUCCUGUGAGAAGUUCAGAGAGUGGCAACUCCACAAUAACCCAGAGUACCAGACCGCAAAACUGGAGAAUCUCCUCAGCAGGAAUAAAAUAGAAUGUCCAAAAUGCAAGUUUGUGUUCUACCUUUCCAAGGGAGGCUGUCUCCAUUUCAAAUGCACCCAAUGCCAGCACGAGUUCUGUGGCGGCUGUAAUAGGCCCUUCAAAUUAGGCGUGGGGUGUGACUUCUCAGCUGAGUGUGGGUCCAAGGGGUUACACGCCCACCACCCCAGGGACUGCCUGUACCACCUGAGGGACUGGAACGUGCCCAGACUACACAGGCUGCUUCAGCUUUACGGAGUGUCCCUCGCUGGCAUGGUCAAAUCCAAAGUGGGCUCUACAGGAACAAAUUCACAAGGUGUGUGUGCAGUGCUGGAGCACAGAGAGAUGGGUGGAGACGGGCCUUGUGGUCUACCAACUCUCCCAGAGUACAGUGGCUACUGCAUGUUACACUAUAAAGAGUGUCUAGUGGAGCUGAUUAACCGGAGUCAUGCGGAUCCAGCCGUUCUGUUCGAUGUGGCCGAGAUGUUGGCCGAGUUACAGCGGUGGCACAUUCCUGUUCCACAGAAGAACCUUCAGGAUCCUGAGGCACUCUAUGUACAGCACCUUAGACAGACCCUGACUAGGAAGGUUAGCCUGAGGGACAACAAGCUACCCCCUGUGAAGGUGAAAGAUGACCUUUGCCCCCUACCCUCAUCGAGCGCUGCGGGACCACGCUGGUCUUCUGCUCAGAGAAACACACCAACGCGCUUCCAUGACGACUCCCAAUUGCUGCUCUUGCUCAACGACUAAGGCCAUGUAAAAUACUUGGGCUGGGUUCCUUAGGGCACAUGAUGGCAAAUGCUUUUACAUGUUUUGCUGUGGAGAAAAACAUGUGUUUCUUAAUGGAUAAGGCCAGGUUCCUUGCGUCAGUCCGUUUUCUUCCGUUUGGUGCCUAGUGAAUACCACCCAGGCUUGUGUUAAGUAGGGAGAAAACAUUUUUAAAUUAAGUGAAACUGGGGAAGGGACUACCCGGUCUUGUCCAAUGAGAGAAACACAUUUGUUUUCCGGUGCAAUUUUUUGUUGUUGCGUGUCCUAAUAAACAUGAUCCAGGGGUAAUAUUUAACUUCAACCCUCUGUCAUAAUGGCUAUGUAACACUGGCCUAAUAAUGACAUAGAAAUAGCACCAUAAAAUGUCCAUAGAAGGCAGGGACAAGGUAAAUUGGUCCUUUGAGGAGCUUUGUUGUGCUGCUCUAGAUCUAGCUAUGCUGUGGCCAGGAUUCAAUCAAAAGUGCAGUGAGAUCACGGUAAACGCAGUGGAUGUGACUCGAGCGUAAAGUGCAGUGAGAUCUCGGUAAACGCAGUGGAUGUGACUCCAGCGUAAAGUGCACUGAGACCACGGUAAACGCAGUGGAUGUGACUCGAGCGUAAAGUGCAGUGAGAUCUCGGUAAACGCAGUGGAUGUGACUCCAGCGUAAAGUGCAUUGAGACCACGGUAAACGCAGCGGAUGUGACUCCAGCGUAAAGUGCACUGAGACCACGGUAUACGCAGUGGAUGUGACUCCAGCGUAAAGUGCAGUGAGAUCACGGUAAACGCAGUGGAUGUGACUCCAGCGUAAAGUGCAGUGAGAUCACGGUAAACGCAGUGUAUGUCAACUCCAGCGUAAAGUGCACUUUUGAUUUGAAAUAACUACCUGAUCUGGUACAUUUAGAUUUUGUUUGUUUUCAUUUUAAUUUAAUUUGUUUGAUGUUUAUUCUUAAUAAACAUGUAGAUACCAAAAUAUAAACGCAACAUGCAACAAUAUCAAAGAUUCUAUUGAGUUACACUUAAUAUAAUGUAAUCAGUCAAUUUAAAUAAUUGUGUUAGUUCCUAAUCUAUGGAUUUCACGUGACUGGGAAUACAGAUAUGCAUCGGUUGGUCAUAGAUACCGUAAAGUGUGGAUCAGGAAAAACAGCUAGUGGAUCAGAAAACCAUUCAGUAUCCGGUGUGAGUUGAUCAGGCUGUCUCGCUCCUCUUCAAUGGCUGUGCGAAGUUGCUGGAUAUUGGUGGGAACUGGAACACGCUGUUGUGUACAUGUCAAUCCAGAGCAUCCCAAACAUGCUCGGUGAGUAUGCAGGCCAUGGAAGAACUGUGCAUUAUCAUGCUGAAAUGUGAGGUAAUUGUGGUGCCAUUCUUCCGCCACCACGAGCCUCAGGUUCUGAUCAGGGUAUAUCUGUGCGUUCAAAUUGCCAUUGAUUAAAAAGCAAUUGUGUUCGUUGUCCGCAGCAUAUGCCUGCCCAUACCAUAACCCCACCACCACCAUGGGGUACUCUGUUCACAAUGUUGACAGCAAACCUCUCAACCACAUGAAGAGCAGUGUGCCAGUGGCCAUCUACGGUGAGGAUUGCCCACUGAAGUCAGUUACGACGCAGUCAGGUCAAAAUGACACACAGAUGAGCUUCCCUGAGAUGGUUUCUGAUAGUUUGUGCAGAAAUCCUUUGGUUGUGCAAACCCACAGUUUAAUCAGUUGUCCGGGUGGCUCGUCUCAGAAAAUCCCGCAUGUGAGAAAGCCGGAUGUGGAGGUUCUGGGCUGAUGUGGUUACACAUGGUCUGUGUUUUUUAGGCCGGUUGGAUGUACUGCCAAAUUCUGUAAAAUAAUGUUGGAGACCGCUUAUGCUUAUUUCUCUGGCCACAUCUCUGGUGGACAUUCCUGCAGUCAGUAUGUGAAUUGCAUGCUCCCUCAACUUGAGACAUCUGUGACAAAACUGCACAUUUUAGUGGCUUUUUAUUGUCCCCAGUACAAGGUGCAGCUGUGUAAUGAUCAUGUUGUUUAAAUCAGCUUCUUGAUAUGCCACACCUGUCAGGUGGAUGGAUUAUCUUGACAAAUGAGAAAAUCUCACUAACAGGGAUGUAAACAAAUUUGUGCACAAAAUUUGAGAGAAAUUAUCUUUUUGUCCGAAUUGAAAAUUUCUGGGAAAUUUUAUUUCAGCUCAUGAAACAUGAGACCAACACUUUACAUGUUGCGUUUUAUAUUUUUUAAAGUAUAUUUUUAAAAGCACUUAGUUCACAUAAAAUAAUCGGUACAGUCCCUAUAGACAGUAUACACCCCACUGUGAGGAUCAGUGGGAAAUGUAUGAUAAGUAACUCAUCUAAAUUGCAGGCUGUAAGGCAACAACAAGUGAAAAGUGUGUAAUUCGGGUGUGUACUCUCUAUAGCCACUGUACUGCAGUACAGUUUUAUUUUUGUUGUAGUCCUCUAGUUCUCACUUCUCAGGACAAACUUUCAAAAUGUAUUCUUCUUGUAUGUUCAUUUCUUCCGCUAUGACCAGCAUGUGAAUUAUUUAUACUUUAACACUGAAAUAUUGUUGAAUGAACGGAACUUGAUGUAACACUUAACUGAAAGCCGACAGGUAUAAUUCAUUAAGAUGCGGGUUAAAUGGGUUGUAGUAAACUUGUUAUUGAUUUUAUUCAGAGCUCCAUUAGCUUUUGCCAAGCAGCAGCUAUUCUAUCUGGGGUCAACAAACACUGAUGGACAAGGACAGUCAAACUAAUUUAAAAUACAACAAUUAAUAAUAGUAGCACAAACAUUUGUGUGUCCCCUCAGUCUUAGCCGUUCCCUUAACCGCUGCUUAACCAUUUGAAGGUAAUUUUAGCUGUUUGAGUAAUUGAUGGAAGGGAGUUCCGUGCGAUCAUGGUUCUAUGCCGCGAGUUCGUUUUGGACUUGGGGACUGUGAAGAAACCACUGGUGGCAUGUCUUGUGGGGUAUGUAUGGGUCUAUGAGCUGAAUGUUAUUUGAUUAUGCAGAUAAUCUGGAAUUUUCAUUACAGUAGUACUUCCCAUAACUAGAAGAGAAUCAGUUAAUCUCUUGUCUACCAGGAAAGACUGGCAUGCAUGAUAGUUUAGUUCUGUAUGUGCAGCUAAGGGCAAGGUGUGCUGCUCUGUUCUGAGCCAGCUGCAGCUUUGCUAGGUCUUUCUUUGCUGCACUUGAACAUGUUACCAGACAGUAAUCGAGAUUGGACAAGACCAGAGACGGGUACACCUCCAACUGAGUCAAAUGAUGACAAUUAGCCUAUCAGAAGCUUCUAAAGCCAUGACAUUUUCUGUAAACUUCUGACCCACUGGAAUUGUGAUACAGGGAAUUAUAAGUGAAAUAAUCUGUAAACAAUUGUUGGAAAAAAGUAUCUGUGACAUUCACAAAGUAGAUGUCCUAACCGACUUGCCAAGACUAUAGUUUGUUAACAAGAAAUGUGGUUGAAAAACGAGUUUUAAUGACUACAACCUCGGUGUAUGUAAACUUCCGACUUCAACUGUAGCUUCCUCAACUUGCUCAAUGGUCACACCGUUUAUACUAAACUCCAGUUGGGGUUUAUGUCUUAGAGAAUGUUUUGAACCAAAUACAAUGCUUUUAGUUUUAGAUGUAUUUAAGACCAGUUUAUUAUUAAUCCUCCAUUCGGAUAUAUAUUUUAUUUUAUUUAACUAGGCAAGUCAGUUAAGAACAAAUGCUUAUUUACAAUGACGGCCCGCCGUGGCCAAACCCAGACGACGCUGGGACAAUUGUGUGCCGCCCUGUGCGACUCCCAAUCCUGGACAGAUGUGAUACAGCCUGGAUUCAAACCAGGGACUCUAGUGACGCCUCUUGCGCUGGGAUGCAGUACCUUUGACAGCUACGCCACAAUGGAGUUGUAACUCUUUAUUUAUAAUUUCAGUGAGUUCACUGGUUUUGGGUUCUGACAUAUAGAGUGUGGAAUCACCUGCAUAUAUAGUCAUUCUAGCUUUUACGUAAGACCAGUGGCAAGUCAUUUGUAAAAAAUAGAGAAGCGUAACAGCCCAAGACAACAGCCCUGAUGUUAGAGAAGCUUGCACUGAAGAACACUCUCUGGGUUCUAUCGGAUAAAUAACUCUCCGAGCAUGUGAUGUAAAGCCAUAGCUAGCGUGUUUCCUAAUUAACAAUUUAUGAUCAGUAACAUCAAAGGCUGCACUGAAAUCUAAUAAUACAGCUCCAACUAUCUUAUUAUCCAUAUAUUUUUAACCAAUCAUCUGUCAUUUGAGUCCGUGCAAUACAAGUUGAGUGCCCUUCUCUCCAUCAGUUUACUAAGAACAGGUAGCAAACUGAUUUGGUGGCUGUUAGAGCCAGCAAAGGGCUGCUUUACUAUUUUUAGGAUUACUUUAGCUUCCUUCCACGCAUGUGGAGACACUCCUUUUAGGCUUUGGUUAAGCAUAUAGCAAAUAGGGGUGUCAUUACAGUCUACCAUUCUCAAUAGUUUCCCAUCAAGGUUGUUUAUACCUGGCGGCUUUUCAUUAUUGUUGGAUAACAAUAGCUUUUCCAUUUCUCCCACUCAAACUUGACCAAAUUCAAAACAGCAAACCUUCUCUUUCAUUAGAUUUAACAAAUUUUAAAAAAAAAAUUAAAAUUGUAUUAUGGUUUACUGUUCAAUGUUGUCAUUUAAACUGUUGAUGUUUUCCACUUUACUAGUGAAAUAGUAAUUGAAAUGAUUGGCAAUAUCGAAAGGCUUUGUUAUAAACGACCCAUCAACGUCAGUGAUCCAUGGAUAUUAAUUGGGUUUCUUGCCCAUGAUGUCAUUUUAGGUCAUCCAAAAUCUUUCAAUUGUGUUUUGUAAUUUAUCUUGGUUUGGUAAUACACAACAUUUCAACCUAUCAGCUGAGCAUUCUGACUUGUUUCAACCUAUCAGCUGAGCAUUCUGACUUGUUUCAACCUAUCAGCUGAGCAUUCUGACUUGUUUCAACCUAUCAGCUGAGCAUUCUGACUUGUUAGACACCUUUUUUUGCAUAAUUUCUUUAAACCAUAACAUUUUUCAGUUCAUCAAUCCAGAGGGCCCUAACAGUUCUCACAGGCAAUUUCUUAAUAGGUGCAUGUUUGUCAGCAAUUGGCAUGACUGGCAUGAUUUUAUUUCCAGUGCUGCAUCUGGAUUCACUUCCUCAUCAGACUAACAUAAAUGUUUUAUAUCUUCAACAAAAGAGUCCUGAGAGAACAUUUUGUAUGAUCUCUUCAAUUUCUUUAUACUCAGCUUUUGGCACUUUGACGUUCCUUGUUAUUGCCACAAUGUUAUGGUCACUACAGCCAAUGGGAUCUGAUAAUGCUUUUGGAGCAAAGCUCUGCAGCAUUAGUGAAGAUAUGAUCAAUACAGGUGGAUGUCACAGAUCCUACACUAUUGGUAUGCACUGUAGUUGGUUGCGUGAUAACCUGGGUCAUAUUACAGGCAUGAUUGACUCCAUUUAUAAUGUAUUUUCCCUAUCGCAAUUUAUGCUGUUGGCUUUGGUACAUUAUUAAAUUCAAGUAAAGUACAGAACUGUAUUAUGCAAGUAGAUAUAAAAAGCUACUCAAUACUCAACUUAUCCAGUAGGAUGCAAAGGUUAUUGUAUAUUGUUCUAUCCGGACCUUUUACACUCCUGAAUAAGCCCUUUUUUUCCAGCUGCAUUAAACCAUGAUUUUAUUUUUUUACUCAUAAGUUCACUAUGCUAUGCAAAGGUAUUCACUACUUAUUGGUAUGGUAUGUAGUAAUGAGUAUCUUAUUCCCUAAGUUACGCAAUUUGUUUCUACUGUAAUGGCACAAUGUAGGUUGAAGUUGCCCCUAGACGCUGAUCUUGGGUCAGUUUUGCAUUUCCCCCACCUAUGGUUAAGAUUAAUUGGGGAAGGGGAAUCUGAUAUUAGAUCUGUACCUAGGGGAAAUAUUACCCCGGAGCAUUUUUGUUGUGUGUGAAAAUGAUCAGGGAAGAGGACAGUGUGAUGUUGCAUCAAUUUAACAGCUUGUCCUGGUACCUCCUUGUUCAGGAAAAGUACUACUGACUUUAGUAAUAAACAUAUUUUUCUACUGAC